AUGAAGACGAAUAAAGGAAACCAAAGAAAUUCGCAAUCAAAUCCAAUGGAAUUUAUGAUGAAAUGUUUUUAUAAUUCAACUUGUUCUGAAUACCGUUCUACUGAUUACUACAUAGCUAUGCAUAGGCAUGAUGAUUAUUAUCCUGGGAUUGUUACAUUGAGCCAAAUGACAGAGCGAAUAAAAACCCCAUGGUAA